AACAUCUCAAAACACAUCAAACCCAACAGAAAAUAUGGAAGCAAAAAAAAUCCCAGAAGUGAUACUAAACUCAGGGAAAAAGAUGCCAGUCAUAGGCCUUGGAACCGCAUCUUAUCCUCUUCCACCACAUGAAACUCUCACCUCCAUACUUAUUGAUGCCUUUGAGGUCGGCUACAGACACGUUGACACUGCUACUAUUUAUGGAAGUGAGGAGCCUCUAGGAAAAGCUGUGGAAAAGGCUUUGGAGCUAGGCCUUGUAAAGAGCAGAGAUGAAGUAUUCAUCACUACAAAACUAUUGCCAGCUGAUGCUCACCCUGACCUUGUUGUUCCAGCCCUCAAGACCUCACUGCAGAAGUUGGGGUUGGAGUAUGUAGAUCUGUAUUUGAUUCAUUGGCCACUGAGGUUGAAACCUGAAGCCAGAGGGCGAGCUGAUAUUUUAAAGGAGAAUGUGAUGCCCUCCUUUGACCUGAAAGGAGUAUGGGAAGCUAUGGAAGAAUGUUGCAGAUUAGGCUUAGCAAAGUCUGUUGGUGUAAGCAACUUUGGCAUAAAAAAGCUCAACCAGCUCUUGGAAAAUGCAACCAUUCCUCCUGCUGUCAAUCAGGUGGAAAUGAGUCCCUCAUGGCAGCAGGGUAAACUCAGAGAAUUUUGCAAACAGAAAGGAAUUCAUGUGAGUGCAUGGUCACCACUCGGAGCUUACAAAAGUUCUUAUGGUACAAAUGCAGUUAUGGACAGCCCAAUCCUUAAGGAAAUCGCUUUUGCAAGACAGAAGACCAUCGCUCAGAUUGCACUGAGAUGGAUAUACGAAGAAGGGGCAAGUGCGAUUGUGAGAAGCUUCAACAAGGAGAGAAUGAAAGAGAACAUUGAGUUAUUUGAGUGGGAACUGAAGGAGGAGGAAUCACAGAAAUUCAGGCACAUUCCACAGCGUAGGAUGUAUCCUGGAGAAAACUUUGUAUCAGAAAAUGGACCUUACAAGAGCUUGGAAGAGCUUUGGGAUGGAGACCCUUGAAAUGUGUCUCUCUCUACAUAUUUAUCUACGCAAUUCAUGUCAUGGGGAAUUCUAGUGAAAGCAAGGCACACAGAAGAAAAAUUUGGGGAAUUUAGACACGGUGAAAAGGAAAGGUGAAAGAAGAAGCACAAAGUAAUAAUUUGGUGGCAUCGUUGUAUGGAUGGACCUAUGGUCUUAAACUGAAUCUGAGCAAGGAAAUGGGACCCGAAAUGUUGUUCUUCUAUUCCAAAUCCUUUCGUUCCUAGGCUGUUUCGAAAUCUUCAGCUCAUUGUGUUUAUAA